AGUUGGUUAGUAGCCCCUGAAUGUGAAUACCAAAAUUUGACUAUCAUGACUGCAAACUCAUCUGCAUGCAACCCUCCUCCUUACAGUGCCGACACAUCUCUCUACGUCUUUCUUGAAGAUGGUGGAGGUCGCCUUCUCCCAAACCAUAAAUUUUAUCAGCUCGUCGACGAAACUCGUCGAGGUUUUCUUCAUCACAAUGAUGACAUUCUGGAGUACAUGGCAAGAUCCACUCUCGUAGACAAUCCUACACCAGAAUCGCAGCUGACAAGGAUGGACGAAAUUCGAGACCUUCUUCGGAACAACUGUCCAGUGAUUGUUGGCAGUAAAUCAGCAGCCAUUGGUGGCGGGCUCCUUCAUGAUGGUCCCGAUGUUGCUGAGAAGGUGGCGGGUAGGGAGCACAUAUAUCUUGGUCAGGAUUUGAUCAAUCAGUGGGGAAGCAAAAAGAGUCCAGAUGGUCGCUGGCUCCUUCUUACGUUUCUCUUGAAAGUCAUCCUCCUGCGCGAGUUUACUAUCGCUUCCUGGCUGACAUAUGGCAUCAAGAAAUCUGACUCCAUUCACGGGAAUGGGAGAUGUAGUACACCAUUCACACAGCCCACAGACGUCUUCGUAUCAGGGUGUGGUCACCUUUUCAAAAAUUUCAGAAGUGCAAAGGAUCGAAAACUGUGGUCCAUCCUGUUUCUCAACGAUGAAGGAGGAUAUCUCGAGGUUCCAGCAGUCAACUCACCUGUCUUGCGAAAGCUUGCUGCGGGUGACUGGUCUGUGUUUCAGCGAGACGUGAUCACAAGCAUGGGACCGUACCGUAAGCACACUAAACACCAGCACCUCGAGCGUGUCUGGGAUGUAUCCGAAUGUACUUGCUUUGGAAAAUGAGUUUCUGGAUGUAAAACCAGGAUACUUUUGAAGGCAUCCUAGGACUAUCUCGAUCAAAUUCAAAAGCUUUGUGGCGAAUAGUUUGUACGAGUUUCAAUUCUGCCAGGCAACUGGUUGUGGAGCCCUGAUUACACUUCUUGUCCACAAUCAGUUGCCUGGUCGAUCUUCUCGCUGUCUUUCGAUGUCUUUCGAAAAAUUUGGUGUAUCGAUAAGUUUUCGUUC